AUGAAAAAGAAAUUUGAAAUUGACAAUAGUUAUCACAAGGCAUGGCGUGCUAUUCAAAAAGUUGUUGCUUCGAUAAGGGGAACAUCUGAAGAGAACUACCAGAUUCUUCCUUCAUACCUACACAUGAUGGUGGCCAAAAACCAAGGAACGUACACAAGCAUAAAAACAGAUGCGCAGAAUAGACCCGUUAUUGCAGUAGAUACAACGUUUUUGAAGUCGAAAUAUCACGGUGUUCUAUUUGUUAUUCUAUCAAAGGAUGCAAACAAUCAAAUCUUUCCUCUAUGUUUUGGUGUAGCAGAUUCAGAAAACAAUGAGGCAUAUAUUUGGUUCUUCGGGGAAAUAAGAAAAUCAAUUCAAGUCCGUCGUGAACUGGUUUUCUUGCCAGAUAGAAACCAAUCGAUAGCAAAUGGGAUUACAAAAGUUUUUCCUGAAGCUCACCAUGGUAUCUACCUCUAUCACAUUGAGAAAAAUUUAAAGCAAAGACAUACAAAGGCCACAGUAAUAAAUCUUUUUCAAAGUAUUGCAAGGUCAUACAAACAUGAAGAUUUAAAUCAGUUAAUGUCCCAACUCAAAAGUAUUAACAAGAAAACAGAUAAGUACAUUAUGAAAGAGCCUCCCGAGAGAUGGGCUCGAUCGUGGUUCCCACGGCGACGUUAUGAUAUGCUAACAACAAACAUGGUAGAAUCAAUGAAUUCUGAUUUACUAAAAGGGAGAUAA